AUGCUCAGGGGGGAUGCUCUGGGAAGAGAGGCUAUUGGUCUCUGGCCAGGGCAGGCCUUGGCCCUGUCCAUAUCUGCUUCUUUCUUCGCUGAGCGGUUCUUCGCACUCUUUGACUCUGAUGGGAGUAAAACCAUCAGCCUGGACGAGCUGCUGAAGGCUCUGGACCUGCUCAUCCACGGCUCUGAGACCGACAAACUGCGCUUCCUCUUCCAGGUGUAUGACGUGGAUGGCAGCGGUUCCAUUGACCCUGAUGAGCUGCGCACAGUGCUGAAGUCAUGUUUGAGGGAGAGCGCCAUCUCCCUGCCGGAGGAGAAACUGGAUGACCUGACGCUGGCUCUGUUUGAGUCUGCGGACAAAGACAACAGUGGCUCCAUCACCUUCGAGGAGCUCAAGGCCGAACUGGAGACCUUCCCUGAAGUCAUGGAGAACCUCACCAUCAGUGCGGCUAACUGGCUGAAGCCUCCGGUGGUGGACCAGAAGAAGCACCAGACCCCCCGGUACCUGACGGCUUCUUACUGGCACAACAACAGCCGCAAACUGCUGUUCCUGAUGGGCUACGUGCUGCUCAGUAUCGCCCUCUUCAGUACGGCCAUGUGGAGGAGCAAAGAGGGGGGCCCGUGGUACAUGCUCGCCCGGGGCUGUGGCCAGUGCCUCAACUUCAACUGUACGCUCAUCCUGGUCCUGAUGUUGCGGCGCUGUCUGACUUGGCUCAGGGCCACAUGGGUGGUUAAAGUCCUGCCUCUGGACCAGAACGUUCUCCUACAUCAGAUCGUGGGCUACGCCAUCCUCUUCUACACUCUGCUCCACACCUGCGCUCACCUCUUCAACUUCGCUAAACUGUCAGAGUCUGGAGAGUUCAGUUUCUGGGAGUACGUGUUCACCACUCGCCCGGGCAUCGGCUGGGUCAAAGGGACAGCGUCAGUGACCGGAGUCGUACUACAGGUCCUCAUCUUCCUCAUGGUCAUCUGCUCUCUGACCUUUGUGCGCCGCAGUGGUCAUUUUGAGGUGUUUUACUGGUCCCACCUGUCGUACGUGUGGGUCUGGACUCUGCUUGUGAUCCACUGUGCCAACUUCUGGAAGUGGUUUGUGGUCCCUGGGCUGGUUUUCCUUUUGGAGAAGAUCAUCGGAAUGGCUCGCUCGCGGAUGGGAAGCCUCUACAUCACUGAAGUCAACCUGCUGCCGUCUAAGGUAACUCAUCUUGUGAUCAACCGUCCUCAGUUUUUCCAGUUCAAACCUGGAGAUUACGUCUACAUCAACAUCCCGGCCAUCGCCAAGUACGAGUGGCACCCUUUCACCAUCAGCAGCGCCCCCGAGCAGUCAGAUACCCUGUGGCUGCACGUGCGUUCCCUCGGCCAGUGGACCAACCGUCUGUACGAAUACUUUAGGCAACCAGAGCUCCACGACAGCCCCAAGAGACUGAGCACCAGCCUGAGGAAGAAGAGGCAGGACUCCAAAACACAGGAGGCACUGUUUUGCUCCACAGACUGUCUGGGGACUGUGGCGUCAAAUGAAGACGAAGCCGUAGAGCUGACAAUGUACCGACACAAUGGAAUCGAACCAGAGCCGAUCGAGAAUGGGAUCAAACCAGUCCAGAGUCCAGAGAUUGAGACUAUAACCAGCCAGAGUCCAGCAACCGGGACAAGAGCAAAUCAGAGUCCAGAGACCAGGACUAGACCUAGCCAGAGUCCAGAGACCUUGACAAGAGCCAAUCAGAGUCCAGAGACCGAUUCCAGUCCAGAGGAGACCAUGGGAGCCCUAGACCAGCUGGGGCAGACAGAGAGAGGAGAGGCAUUCAACCACAAAGAGGUCAGAGAAGAGGUGCCUUCCAGGUUUGGUGAAAACCACAGAUUCUGCAACAUCAAGUGUUACGUGGAUGGACCGUACGGGACCCCCACCAGGCAAAUCUUUGCCUCUGAACACGCUGUCCUCAUCGGGGCCGGGAUCGGAAUCACCCCCUUCGCCUCCAUCCUCCAGAGCAUCAUGUACAGAUAUCGAAUGAGGAAGCAAAACUGCCCCAACUGCAGCUACUCCUGGUGCGAGAACAUUAAAGAUGGCGACAUGAAGCUACGCAAGGUGGACUUUAUCUGGAUAAACCGAGAUCAGAAAUCAUUUGAGUGGUUUGUUAGUUUACUCACCAAACUGGAGUUGGACCAGGCCGAUGAAGAGCCCGAUGGGCGUUUCCUGGAGAUGCACAUGUACAUGACAUCAGCGCUCAGUAAAAACGACAUGAAGGCCAUCGGACUGCAGAUGGCACUAGAUCUCCUCGCCAAAAAAGAGAAGCGGGACUCCAUCACGGGACUGAGGACCAGGACACAGCCGGGGCGUCCUGAGUGGGGCAAGGUUUUUCAGAAAGUGUCAGAAGAGAAGAAAGGAAAAGUGCACGUCUUUUACUGUGGCUCUCCGGCUCUUGCCAAAGUCAUCAAAGCCGAGUGUGAAAACUUUGGGUUCAACUUCUACAAAGAAAACUUCUGA